CAGAAGUCACUAUGACACACUGAUUGACUGACAGACGGACGGACAGAUAGACUGACCACAGCACUGAGGGAUUACUCCUGCCUUCCUCUUCCUCCUCCUUUGUUCUGGGUUUCUGCUCCCCUAUCUGCUCCCCUGUAGUCCGUCCAGCAGGUCGCGAUGUCUGCCGCCAACAGCAGCGGUAGCCAGCCCAACGACACAACAGGCCACGCUGACAUGAUCUUCGUCAGCGUUUACAGCAUCAUCUCUGUGGUGGGUUUCGUUCUCAACGUCAUGGCGCUUGUUGUGUUUUUCCGCCACGCCAAGUCCAGAUCACACACCACUGUUUACAUGACCAACCUGGCCAUAGCGGAUCUAGUCCUGAUCUUGUCGCUGCCCAUGAGGAUCUACCACCACCUGGGGUUUCCUGACCUCCCUCAGCGCCUGUGCGACUGGGCUGGCCUCAUCCUCUUGGCCAACAUGUACGGCAGCAUCAUCCUCCUGACUUGCAUCUGCUUCGACCGCUGCAUGGCUGUCACCUUCCCCAUGUCCCAUCGUGUCCGGGAGGGGAGGAAGAAAGCCCCGCUGGUUUGUGUCGGGGUGUGGAUACUCACCUUCAGCACUAGUGUGCCCAUUUACCUCUUCAAAUCGCAAAAAGACUACAAGGAGAGGCACUGCUUUGGGGGCCUGCCGAUUUAUAUCGUGCAGCCGGUGGCGUUUUUUCCCACGCUGUCCAUAGGGUUUGGAAUCCCGUUGACGGUGAUGCUAAUCUGCUCUUGGGGUUUACUGCGGGCCAUCCGGCAGAGCACCGUUGCCCAGACCGAACUAGUCGACAGCAAGAAGAUCCAAAGGAUGAUCGCUGCCAGCCUCCUCAUCUUCCUCCUCAGCUUCCUCCCUUAUCAUACUGUCCUGAUCCUCCUCUAUCACAAUGGCGUAGCACCUGUGUCACCUGCCCUGCUGGCCUCAUACCAGUACAGCCUGAUGGUGGCAUGUCUGAAUGCCAUGUUAGACCCCAUUGUGUACUAUUUCACCACAUCGACGUUUAGGGAGAAGGUAGACAUGGAAGCUAUGAGGAAGAUGGUCCAGCUGAACAGUCACAGCUCCAUGGAGGCCAACAGCAAAAACAAGGCGCCCAUCAACACUUAGCAGAGCGUGAACUGUCACAUGCAGCACCAUGGAAUACUUCUCGACUGCCAUCGAUAAAACCCAAGUUGGUUAUAAACGUAAACAACAGAAGCAAAAGGAAAUCGAUGUUCAGUGGACAUGAUCAAAAACAGAAAUUAAAAUUAAUAUAUACCUCUUGGAUUCUUCAAAUGCUAACUGCUCAAAAUGGCCCAAAAGGGCAUAGAAAUGUUGACUUUUUAAAGAGAUUAUCAAGGGUAGAGCUAUUUUUGUGUGGUCUCAGUUCUGUGUUCGUCCUCACUCACAAGGGUGAUACAGGAAGUCUAGAAGUUCCUGGAUCCACAGCCAUUUGAGCAAAACUAUAAUUUCUGUGCACUUGGUAAUUGUCAAUUAAAUAACAUCAAAAAGGGUGAGCCCUUUAGGACUAUGUGCCCCUGUGUUGCAUUGGUGCAGAUUUGAAAAAGUGUUAGGCUGCAAACAACUAAAAACAGGCCGUCAAAGACCCUUCAGAAUCACAUUUGGGCGACAAGGGUUCUUUUGAAAAGAUUAAUUGCCUGAUA